UAUAGAAACACAUCGGUGUGUGUCUGAUAUUUGUGUUUAUGAUGCGCGUUGCGGCUGUUUCUCGUUAGUGAGGGAUUUAGUUAGUUCUGCUGAACACACACACACACACACACACACACACACACACUCACACACUGCUGAAGAGCUUCAUUUAUGAACGUGUUCAUUCACAUUAGUGUCUGUUUUAUGCUCUAUUUGAUCUUCGCGAGAUCCCGUUUCUCUGUGUGUUCUGCUGAACGCGUGUGUUUAUGGUUAUUUAUAUCUGCAACUGAAUCCAUGAGAAUAUUGAAUGACAGAUUCCAUGCAGACAGGAAUGUGGUGCGCGUGCCCGACACCACAGAUGUCCCCGCGCGCCUCCAGAACGCGCAUCAACAGUCCAGAACCGAGCCGAGUCUGAUUCCAUUGUUUGUGUGUAUAAUGUCGAUAAAUCAUAUGCUGUCAUAUCAUAUCUCUCUCUUCUCUGUCGUCUGACCCCGGACUGUGAUGUGGACUCGGCCUGGAUGUGUCUGAACGUUUGAUCUGAAAUGACGACAGAAACGGAGAGUAAAGCAGAGCAGCAGGAGGCCAGUGUGGCUCCGCCCCCUUUGGCCCCGCCCCUCGACAACCAGCUUCCCCCGGCCGACGCCCACAGCACACCUGUCAGGAAACAACAGGCUGGGGAGCGUGAGGUGGGCGGAGUCCCACAGGGGAAAGCCAAUCAGCAGCUGGCCGAGGACGACGGCUCCUCCCACUGGUCCUCCUCCAGCAAACUCACCCGAUCUCCUGUGAAAGUGAUCAAGAAACCCAAGAGCAUGCAGUGCAAGAUCUCACUGCUCGACGGCUCCGACUACACCUGCGUGGUGGAGAAGCGUGAUAAAGGUCAGGUUCUGUUCGAUAAAGUCUGUGAACAUCUCAAUCUCCUGGAGAAAGAUUACUUCGGAAUCACUUUCCGUGAUGUGGAGAAUCAAAAGAACUGGCUGGAUCCUUCCAAAGACCUGAAGAAGCAGAUCCGAGGGGUCGCCUGGAACUUCUCAUUCAACGUGAAGUUUUAUCCUCCUGAACCGGCGCUGCUCUCUGAAGACAUCACCAGGUAUUACCUGUGUCUGCAGCUGAGGGAUGACAUCAUCUCGGGCCGCUUGCCGUGCUCGUUCGCCACACACACGGUUCUGGGCUCGUACACGGUCCAGUCGGAGCUGGGCGACCACGACCCGGACGAGUACGGCUACGAGUACGUCAGCGAGUUUCGCUUCGCGCCUCAUCAGACCAAAGAGAUGGAGGAGAAGAUCAUGGACCUGCACAAGAACUACAAAGGAAUGACGCCGGCCGAAGCCGAGAUGCACUUUCUGGAGAAUGUGAAGAAACUGUCCAUGUAUGGAGUCGACCUUCAUCAUGCAAAGUUGAUAGGACGAUUCUUUCACUGCUUUUCUCCGGCUAAAGGAGAGGAUUCUGAGGGGGUGGAGAUCAUGCUGGGCGUGUGUUCGUCUGGACUCCUCAUCUAUCGAGACAGACUUCGCAUCAACCGCUUCGCCUGGCCCAAAGUCCUCAAGAUCUCCUACAAACGCAAUAACUUCUACAUCAAGAUCCGGCCAGGAGAGUUUGAGCAGUUUGAGAGCACAAUCGGCUUUAAACUCCCCAACCACAGAGCGGCUAAGAGACUGUGGAAGGUGUGUGUGGAGCAUCACACGUUCUUCAGGUUGGUUUCUCCCGAGACUCCACCGAAGAAGUUCCUCACGCUCGGGUCCAAGUUUCGCUACAGCGGCAGAACUCAAGCUCAGACCCGCCGGGCCAGUUCCCAGAUCGUCCGACCCGCGCCGUUCUUCGAGCGCUCGACCAGCAAACGCUACACCAUGUCUCGCAGUCUAGAUGGAGCUCAGCGGAGUACACCGGUCAACACAGCGACAGUCAAUGUAAAUGGCACUAGACCAACAGAGAUGGGCACAGCGUUGUACGGCACCGCUAAAGGCAUAGCCGUGAGUGACCUCAUCACCACAGUGACGCCGGAGAAGAAAGCGGAGGAGACGCGUGAGGAAGAGCGUGUGUGUGUAGAGAGUGUGAUCGUGUUGGAGGAAGAGGACGAAACCACGAAGAACACGGAUCCUUCGCUGGCCAGCCCACUGACUCCGGCUCGCCAGGACACACGGACGGACUUCACAGACACCGCUGUAGACGGAGAUCUGACGGCCACCGAGUCGGAUCAGGAGGACGAAUCUGAAGCGAAGACACUGCCCAGUUUCAUAAGGCGCAUUAAAGGAGAGAAUGUGUUUGUCAGACACAGUGCGCUGAUGUUAGAGGAAAUCGAGCAUACGCCCGAAGAGCUGGUGAAGCAUCAGACGAACAUCAGCGAGCUGAAGAGGACGUUCCUGGAGGGAGGAGCGGAUCGGACGGGCCUGACCGAGUGGGAGAAGCGCAUGUCCUCGUCUCCGCUCCGAUCGCCUCGUCUGGAUGAAUCUCCCAUGAUCGAGCCGCUGGUGCCGGACGAGGUCAAACAGGAAGUGGCGGUGGACACACAGGAAGUAGUGGAGGACAUACAGGAAGUGGCGGCAACAUCGCUGGAGACGCAGGAUGAUCUGAAUGACAGGAAGGUUGAUGUGGAGUCUGACGGGUGGGUCAUUAUAAACAAGGUUCCUCCGUUUGAACCAGAUAAAGUUCCAGGAACGGUUUCUCAAAUGAUACCGGAAAAGGUACAAGAAAAAGCUGUUGAGUUUGCUCCAAAGAAAAUGGCUCCAAAAGUACCAGAAAAGGUUUCUAUGAUAGUACCAGAACAAGUUCCUCUAAUUGUACCAGAAACAGAAGAGGUUCCUCCAAAAGUACCGGAAAAAGUUUCUAUGAUAGUACAAGAACAAGUUCCUUCAGUUGUACCAGAAACAGAAAAGGUUCCUCCAAAGAAAAUGGCUCCAAAAGUACCAGAAAAAGUUUCUAUGAUAGUACAAGAACAAGUUCCUUCAAUAGUACCAGAAACAGAAGAGGUUCCUCUAAAGAAAAUGGCUCCAAAAGUACCAGAAAAAGUUUCUAUGAUAGUAGAAGAACAAGUUCCUUCAAUUGUACCAGAAACAGAAAAGGUUCCUCUAAAAAUAGUGGAAAAAAUUCCUCCAAAAGUACCAGAAAAGUUUUCUACGAUAGCAAAAGAGAAGUUUCUCGAAGACUUUCCUCCUAAAGCACCACCCAAAGUUCCCCCGAAGGUCCCGGAGAAGAGACACAGCGCCAGCUACAGAUUCGUAGCCGCGACGAGCACCGUAUCGACCGGCGAUCUUCCGGAAGACAAACCCAGCAAAGUUCAAGAAGCUUUCGAGCAGUUUUCCGACUCUACUUCUAAACCCUUCAUCAAGGUGAUUCCCGAGUUUCAGAGCGUCACCGUGAGGAAGGUCGGAGAAGCCGAGGAUUAUGGAGAAGCUUCGCUCAGAUCUCCGUCACUGCCGUAUCUCACCAAAACCUCCCCGACAGCCAGAGUGCCGAAGCCCAGUUUGGAUGAGAUGUCUCCUGAGCUCACGGCGCUCUUGCAGUCGACUCGCAGCUGGGCUCCGUCUUCAUCUGCGCUCGCUUUACACAAGCCGUCGGAGAGUCCGGAGAGGCAUCGGGGAGAAGACGAGGACCAGCCGCCGCUCCAGCCUCAGUCGGGCGUCUCGAGUUUCUCCAGGACUCUGUCGGGAGACACAAACACACAAGACUCUCCUGUGAUCCACACGGAAAUGAAGACCGUCACAUAUGAGUCCCUGCAGGACGAGACUGACGGAGACACUGAUCCUGGGAUCCUCAUGAGCGCUCAAACCAUCACAUCCGAAACCAGCAGCACCACCACCACCACACACAUCACCAAGAUGGUGAAGGGCGGCAUCUCAGAAACACGGAUCGAGAAGAGAAUCGUCAUCUCAGGAGACGCAGACAUCGAUCAUGAUGAGGCUCUGGCUCAGGCUAUUAAAGAGGCUAAAGAACAACAUCCCGACAUGUCAGUGACCAAAGUCGUGGUCCAUAAAGAGACGGAGAUCACGCCGGAAGAGGGCGAGGAGUGACAGGAUUAACAUCGUCUUCGUGCUUUCUGGAAGAAUCUCGCGUGUUCACGCUGCGGAGAAAGAGGGACGCGUCAGAGAAAACAACGUAGACAUCAUCUGAAUACGUCUGGAGAAACACACACACACACACACACAUAUAAUCAAUCACACACACUGACUCUCACACACUCGCAUAAUCAAUCUCACACACUCUCUCUCACUUUCUCACACACAGACACACUCACUCACAUAAUCACACUCCCACACACACACACACACACACACGCUUACAGGCGCCGUCUGCCGCACUGGAUCUGUUACUGCAUGACAACAAGGGAACAAUUCUGCUUUUUUUUGUGAGAAGACAAAAGUAUAUAGACAUUUUAGGAAAUCCUAUACGAGCGCAGUGUGUAGUCAAACCACGGGACUGAAGAUAUGUGAAAUAUAACGGAUAUCUACAUUUAUUUAUUAUACUGCUCUAUCACUUUAAAAAAAGGACAAACUUUGCACAAUAUUUAACCAGGCAAAGAUGUGCCAUCCACACCCGCCCCCUCAUCGUCUCAUCUCUGAAUAUGACACACAAAUGACAGUAUGAGAAUAUGAAUAUGCCACAUUUUCUCAUGUAUCUUAGAGACGUGUUAUGUUGUUUUACUUGAAUUAUACGCCUGUUUUAUGUUUCUUCUUGAAAACUGUUGAGUCUAGAGGAACUAAACUGUCUGAAAUAUCAAUCCCAGAGUUCUCCUCGCCACAUCUGAGCCUUAAACUGUACAGAACUGAAGCCCAAAUGUGUGUGUUCUUCUGUCCUAGUUUGUUUCUCGAUUCUGUGUGAUGUGCAGUGUCGCCGCCCUGCUGACUGUUUCCCACUCAAGCUCAAAUAAAAGCUCAAUUCCAUUUCUGAUAACUUUGCUGUUUCCAUUCAUCCGUUUGCGGUGAGAUAUGCAUAUUCUAUAAUACAGAACAAAUGAAUUGUGUUAUACAAUAUUACGCAAUAUUCACGUUCACUGAACCAUUUCAGUACAAAUAAUUGUUAAUUUUACAUUCAUUCCUGGGUUCGUACAAGAUGUUUAAAGUGCUUGACUUUUUGAAAACCCUUGAACAGCCAUAUUCAUGAAGAAAAGUACUCAAAUCAUUGAAAGAUAUAUGAAAUCAGUGUGUUUUUUUUCGAUGAAACAAUAUUUUUAUGCAAAAUUAACGCUGCAGCAUGUCUAAUGUGGAUAUAAAGAUAUUUCGCUGUCUAUGAGCCUUAUAUUGCUCAAAUAAAUAUGACAGGUUUCUUUCUUCAA